AUGACUACGAGUCCACCAAUAGAAAUAUCUGACGAUGACGAAUCAGAGUUAAAACAAAUUAUUGAAGAUGAAAAGUUGACUAAUGGUGAAGAUCAAUCAAAACAAAAGGAAUUUAAUCAUUUAUCAAGAGAUAGAAAACUUGAUCGAUUGAAUAAUCUUAUUGAAAAAAGUCAAAUCUAUUCAAAGAUUAUAGCCGACAAUAUCUUACAAUCCACAUUAGAAAGUAAGAAUAAACAAUCAGAACCAGUACUAGAACCAGUACAAAAAGAAGAGGACCAACCAAGGAGAAAAAAGAGAAGGACAAAAACUAGUGGAAAUAAAGAUGUGGUUUCGAUGUUAACCAACAAUAUUUCAGAAUCGACUAAAUCAACUCGUGAAGCUAUAGAGAAAUCACAAAGUUCGGGUAAAAAUGACAGACCUCAACCUAAAUUAAUCACCGGUGGUACAUUAAAAGAUUAUCAGUUGGAUGGUUUACAAUGGUUGGUUACAUUGUAUGAAAAUGGGCUUAAUGGGAUAUUAGCCGAUGAAAUGGGGUUAGGUAAGACAUUACAAUGUAUUUCAUUUUUAAGUUAUUUAAUUGAAAAUGGAAUUAAAGGUCCUUUUUUAAUUGUGGUGCCGAUUUCUACUUUACAUAAUUGGUAUAAUGAAAUUCAAAAAUUUGCUCCAAAAAUUAAUGCAUUCAAAUAUAUUGGUAUCAAGCAAGAAAGAGCCACCAUUAAUUUAAGCAAAUUAACUAAAACCAAUCAAAUAUUUCUUACUUCAUAUGAAUUGUCAAUUCGUGAUUUUAAGAAAUUGAGUUCGGUUGAUUGGAAAUAUUUGAUUGUUGAUGAAGGUCAUCGUUUGAAGAAUAGUCAGUGUUUAUUGAUUAAAGUUUUAAAGAAAUUAGAUGUUCCCAAUAGGUUAUUACUUACCGGGACUCCCUUACAAAAUAAUUUAAACGAGUUAUGGUCUUUAUUGAACUUUAUCCUACCUGAUAUAUUCCAAGAUUUAGAAUUGUUCCAACAAUGGUUUAAUUUUGAUGAAUUGACUAGUUUUGCAGCAAACAAUGAUGAUGAAGACGAUACCAAUGAUGAAGAUGAUGAAGAAACUAAACGCAUAAUCAAGAAAAAUAUCCAAGAGACGUUGGUCAAGAAUUUGCAUACUAUUUUGCAACCAUUUAUAUUAAGAAGAGUUAAACGUGAUGUAAUUACGAACUUGCCACCAAAGAAAGAGUAUUUGAUACGUAUUCCAUUGACAAAAUUGCAAAAGAAAAUCUAUUCCGAUGCAUUAGAUAAUAAAUUGUUUGAAAGUUUAGUGAAAGUUCACUUGAAGGAGUUUAUUCAGUAUCACCAUAAAGACUUAUUUGAAGGAUUUGAUAUUGAUGGUUACUUAGCGACCAAAAUAGAGAAUAACCUGAUGGCCGAAAUGGGAUUCAAUAUACAAGGGAGACGAGGACACCAAGAGAUCUCAUAUAAAGAAGCAGAAAGUGAUGACGAAUUUGAAAUAGAGGCUGCUCACACCUCCAAGAUUAAAGAUACCUCGUAUGAAGAGGCAAUUGAAAAGUCCAAAAAAAUGAGAUCCGUUGGGGCCAAGCAAAAGGUAAUCAUUGAUGCAUUGUAUGAUAGAGUAAAUUCUCAUACUAGACGAUUAAAAUUGCAGAACAUCAAGGUGAUACAAUUGAGAAAUAUUUGUAAUUCUCCAUAUAUGUAUUAUGAACCAUUUGCUGAUGAUAGUGAUGAGAGUACUGAUAAAUUUAUGGAAGUACUCAAGAAAAAUCUGUGUAAAUUUCAAAUGUUGGAUCAAUUACUUUCGAAAUUGUUACCAAAUGGGCACAAGUUGCUUAUUUUUUGCCAGUUUACCAAAGUUAUGGAAUUAUUAGAAAGUUAUUUUGAUUAUUUUGAAAUCAAGACAUGUUAUCUUGAUGGGACGGUUAGUCAUGACAUAAGACAAGAACAAAUUGAUGAUUUUAAUAAUGAUCCAGAAAGUAAAAUAUUUUUAUUAUCUACUAGAGCAGGUGGAUUAGGAUUGAAUUUAACAGCGGCAGAUACGGUAAUUUUAUGGGAUUCAGAUUGGAAUCCGCAAGUUGACUUACAAGCAAUUGAUAGAGUGCAUAGAAUUGGACAAACUAAACCCGUUAAAAUUUAUCGAUUUAUGGUGAAGGAUUCAAUUGAAGAGAUUUUAUUGAGUAGAUCAGGAAGUAAGAGAAUGUUGGAGAAAUUAGUAAUGAAAUUUAGUGGUGCUAACAAGAAUGAUAAGGAAUUCAAUGUUAAUCAAAUCAUGGAGUUAACUAGGCUUAAUUUUAGAUCAAGCGAUGCUAAUGGAGACCAGAGUGACGAUGAUGAUAAGGAACAAGUGCUUUUGAGUGAAGAAGAAUUGAAUGAAUUAAUGGAUAGAUCAAUCGGGUGUUAUAACUCUUCUGAUGAUACUAAAUUUGAAAGAAUUAAAGUAUUUGAGACUGUUAAUGGUAUGGAUAAUUAG